AUGGCCAUCCUAUUUCAGUUGUCUGGUCUAGAAAUAUGGACAAGUAGCAUACUCGACUCUUUAGCCAACUUAUCCCUACCAAAUGCAGAGUCCAGAUUAGAGUAUUUCAAGCUGAUGUAUACAAUCCUGAAGGGAUUGAACCAGCUGUGCAAGGGUGCCUUUUUGUUUUCCAUGUGGCUGCCCCCUUGUUGCAUACUGAGAACUCUAAGGGAAGAAGAAGUUGGGAGACUGCGCGUGAGAUUUACAGGUGUUGCCGGGAAUUACAAAAACCGGCCGGGUAUGUUGGCGGCGAAACCCCCACAGCCAUCGUCCUCCUCCGUGGUCUGCACUGUCCGAGGCUCUCUUCUCUCUCUUGCCACCCUAACGCUAGUCUCCUUUACUUACAUAUCACUUAAAUCCCUCCACUCCCCUUCUCUCCAACUCUCCACCGCCCCUUCAGCGCACACUGUACAAGUCUCUCAGCCUCAGGUAAGAAUCGAUGAUGAGGGUGUUGAUGGUGAGGUGUAUCAUUUUCCGAAGAUGUUCAAAUUGAACUACGAGGAAAUGGAAAAGAGAUUUAAGGUUUAUAUAUAUCCGGAUGGGAAUCCGAACACGUAUUACCAGACGCCGAGGAAGCUGACGGGAAAAUACGCUAAUGAUCCGGAUCAGGCUGAUUUGUUCUUCAUUCCGAUCUCUUGUCAUAAGAUGCGAGGCAAGGGAAUAUCAUAUGAGAACAUGACCGUAAUUGUACAGAACUAUGUGGAGAGCUUGAUGUUCAAGUAUCCUUAUUGGAAUAGAACUCUGGGUGCAGAUCACUUCUUUGUUACUUGUCAUGAUGUUGGUGUGAGGGCAACUGAAGGAAUUCCAUUUCUUGUAAAGAAUACAAUUCGUGUUGUUUGUUCUCCGAGCUAUGAUUUUGGAUUUAUUCCCCACAAAGAUGUUGCCCUACCACAAGUUCUGCAGCCCUUUGCCCUCCCAGCUGGAGGAAAUGAUGUAGAAAACAGGACGACCCUUGGUUUCUGGGCAGGGCAUAGGAACUCUAAAAUUCGGGUUAUCCUGGCACGUGUAUGGGAGAAUGACACAGAACUUGAUAUUUCAAACAACAGAAUAAACAGAGCAACUGGACAUCUAGUGUAUCAAAAGAGAUUUUACAGGACUAAAUUCUGCAUUUGCCCUGGUGGCUCCCAGGUCAACAGUGCCCGCAUUGCAGAUUCCAUACAUUACGGGUGCAUCCCUGUGAUACUCUCUAAUUAUUAUGACCUGCCUUUUAAUGAUAUUCUGAAUUGGCAUAAAUUUUCGGUUGUACUAAAGGAGAAAGAUGUCUACCAGCUGAAGCAAAUUCUUAAGAAAAUAACACAAGAAGAAUUUGUCAAGUUGCACUACAAUUUGGUCGAGGUUCAGAAGCACUUCCAAUGGAACUCACCUCCCAUCAAACACGAUGCUUUUCAUAUGGUAAUGUACGAACUCUGGUUGCGCCAUCAUGUGAUCAAGUACUAA